GUCUAUUAUUUCUGCUCACACUCAGCGCCAAAUAAUGGACGCGCCACCACCUGAUCCCAAACGCCGCCCUCCUUUAUUGUCUUCCUCUUUCCCCAUCACUCUCAAGUUCAUGGACGUGACUUACAGGGCCAAGAUAGUGAACAAGCAUGGAGGCAGAAGCAUCAGGCGAAUGUUCGCACCUUCGUCCCACCAAGGAACAAACCCCGACACCACCUCGUUACGAGAGCGAACCAUUCUCAACGGUAUUACCGGUAUGGCUUCUCCGGGGCAGAUCCUGGCCGUCCUCGGCCCAUCGGGCAGCGGAAAAUCAACGCUCCUGAAUGCAAUAUCCGGCAGACUCAAAGGAGACGGCCUCGCCGGCACUGUUCUCGCAAAUGGCGCUAAACUCAGUAAAACCAUUCUUCGGCGAACCGGCUUCGUCAGCCAGGACGACUUGCUCUACCCUCACCUCACCGUCCGGGAGACCUUGGUCUUCUGCUCCCUUCUUCGCCUCCCAACAAGUCUCUCAAAGAAGGAGAAGAUGGAGGUGGUGGACUCGGUGAUCUCCGAGUUGGGUCUGGGGAAAUGCGAGAACACCAUCGUAGGCAACAGCUUCGUCCGGGGAGUGUCAGGGGGCGAAAGGAAGCGCGUCAGCAUCGCGCGCGAGGUGCUGAUGAACCCGAGCCUGUUGAUCCUGGACGAACCAACUUCGGGUCUCGACUCAACGGCGGCGCAGCGGGUGGUGAAAACUCUGAGGUCGCUGGCGCAGAAGGGGAAGACAGUGGUGACGUCGGUGCACCAGCCGUCAAGCCAGGCGUACCAAGAGUUCGAUGCGGUGCUGCUGCUGUCGGACGGGAAGUGCCUGUACUUCGGGAAAGGCAGCGACGCCAUGAGCUACUUUGAGUCAAUCGGAUUGACGCCGUCUUUCCCAGUGAACCCCGCCGAUUUUCUGCUUGAUCUCGCUAACGAUGUUUGUCAAGUCAAUGGUAUAGGUGAAAGAGAUAGGCCAAACAUAAAACAGAACCUUGUUCGUUCAUACCACACCACACUGGCUCCCAAGGUCAAAGCUGCUUGCAAGGACAGUUCUGCAAAGAACACUAACCACUUGAUCAAAAACAGGUGCUCUUCUGAAGAACGUGGCUAUGGCCAUCGUAGUAAUACUAGAGACAAGAUCAGCUUCUCAAAUUGGUUCAACCAAUUCAGCAUUCUGCUCCACAGAAGCCUCAAAGAAAGAAGGCACGAAUCCUUCAACACUCUCAGAGUCUCCCAAGUGGUCGCUUCUGCAUUAUUGGCCGGCUCACUCUGGUGGCACUCUCACUAUACCAACAUCCAAGACAGGCUUGGCCUUCUCUUCUUCAUCUCCAUCUUCUGGGGCGUCUUCCCAGCUUUCAACUCAGUCUUCGCUUUCCCUCAAGAGCGCCCCAUCGUCACCAAAGAGCGAGCCUCUGGUAUGUACACCUUGUCUUCCUAUUUCACGGCCCGAAUUGUAGGAGACCUGCCCAUGGAGCUCCUUCUUCCCACAGUUUUCCUCAUUGUGACUUACUGGAUGUGUGGGUUAGAGACGGAUCUGUGGGCUUUCUUGCUGACAUUGCUGGUACUUCUGGGACACGUUCUUGUGUGCCAGGGACUUGGGCUGGCUUUAGGUGCGGCAAUAAUGGAUGCAAAGCAGGCUUCCACUGCAGCAGCAGUGACGAUGCUGGCUUUUGUGAUAACAGGAGGGUACUAUGUGCACAAAGUGCCAUCUUGCAUGGGUUGGAUUAAGUAUACAUCCACAAUCUUUUACUGUUAUAGGCUUCUGAUAAGUGUGCAGUAUGGGGAUGGCAAUAGAAUCUCACAUCUUCUAGGUUGCUCUCAUCCUCAUAGGCAAACUGCUGGGGCUGGCUGCAAAUUUGUUGAGGACGACGUGGUGGGCCAAAUCAGCCCUUUGGGAAGCACUGCGGCUAUGUUGCUUAUGCUUGUUGUUUAUAGAUUAUUAGCUUACCUUGCAUUGAAGCGUAUCAAGGGUUGAACGUAGCUACAUAUCUGUAUGGCAUGCUAUGUGUAUUAUUUAUUUACAUGCGUGCUGCUAUAUUUGGAAGGUUCCGUAUUAUUGAAGAAACCCUUGGAUGCUAGCAUUUGAAGGACAUCGAGAUAUCCUGAAACAGAUGGGUCAAUAAUUUUAACUUCAUACAGAUCAUCGAUCUCUCCCUUAAAUGUUUUAUAAUAGAUGUUGGAUUGACUAGUUGAUUCCCGAUGGCCCUGCAAUGAGACACAAUUUCUGGUGUAGAAUUCAAUUUGAAAUGAAGUGAAUCAUUAUACGUA